AAAUGAAUUUUUUUAAGGGAGUUUGGUGGGGUGGUUUUUGCUCAGGGUCGCUAUAUAGCCCCCGGACGAGACAACCCACCAGCUGUUGCGGCUGUUUGAAGGAGAGAGAGAGCGACUUGUGACUGCGAUUCGUCGGAUUCAUCAGUGUACGAAUCCGUUUCGACCUUCUCUCAUUGCGGGUUAGUUAGCAGCCAUUGCUGUUGCUGUUGGGUGUCCUCCAUUUUCUGCGCGGCUCUGAUUGGCUCUCUGGGUCUACAAAUCGGUUGCUGCUGUCGCGCGGAAUUUGCCCGCCACAGCUGAUCAGAUUCUUUGUCACAUUUGUUGCCCCGUUUGCAGAUCUGGGUGACGCCCAAUUCGUCGAGUCCGGAGCUCUGCCUCUCUUUUCUUGGUUUCAUCUCAUGUCGAGCUUACUUGAUACUCCUUUGAGUUUGCUCUCAACAUUCUCAUCCUCACAUAUGUAUGGUUGACUAGGUCUAGCUUGUGAUCUCUUCAAAGAUACUUCGGCUUCAAUCUUCUGGAAGUGCUCCUAAAGGCUGCAUAUUUCCACAUUUUCAGAAGAAAUUUCUGUAGCACUUCAACUUGGAUUGAGCUGUGCGUGACUGUGGAAAUUCUUCCUAGGCUCUUUUAGAAAGGCUGGAUGGGUUCCAGGUUUCCUUCUCAUCAGCUAAGCAAUGGCCUAUAUGUGUCAGGCCGAAAAGAGCAGCCAAAGGAAAAGACUCCGACAAUGAGUUCGGUUGCCAUGCCCUAUACUGGGGGCGACAUAAAAAAAUCAGGUGAACUCGGUAAAAUGUUUGAUAUUACAGAUGGGUCUAAAUCGCGGAAAUCAGGGCCAAUUACCGGCGCUCCUUCGAGGACUGGAUCUUUUGGGGGCGCUGCGUCACACUCCGGCCCUAUCAUGCAUAAUGUUUCCAGUCGAGCAAGCUAUACCACAUCUGGCCCUGUAACUUCUGGUCAGAUACCUAGUUCUGCUUCAUUGAAGAAGACAAAUUCCGGUCCUCUGAAUAAACAUGGGGAGCCUAUAAAAAAGUCAUCUGGUCCUCAAGCUGGGGGAGUCACGCGUCAAAACUCUGGUCCUAUUCCUCCUAAUCUUCCAACAACAGGUCUGAUCACAUCUGGACCUAUUUCUUCGGGGCCAUUAAAUUCAUCUGGAGCCCCUCGAAAAGUAUCUGGUCCAUUGGACUCUGUUGGAUCAGUAAAACUUCAGAGUUCUGUUGCUCAUCUUCAAUCCGUAACCACUCUAAGCCAAGAGGAUGAAUCUUCUUUCAUGAGGACCCUGCCAAAGUCAAUUAUGUGGUCAGUGAUUCUAAUAUUUGUGAUGGGAUUCAUUGCCGGUGGGUUUAUUCUUGGAGCCGUCCACAAUCCCAUUCUUCUGAUCGUAGUCGUGGUCCUCUUUGCCUUGGUGGCUACAAUGUUCACUUGGAAUACUUGCUGGGCAAGAAAAGCUAUCACAGGAUACAUUGCACAAUAUCCUGACAGUGAUCUCAGAACCGCGAAAAAUGGUCAAUACGUGAAAGUCUCCGGGGUUAUUACAUGUGGUAAUGUGCCUCUUCAGUCAUCUUUCAAUAAAGUUCCUAGAUGUGUCUAUACAUCUACGGCUCUGUAUGAGUAUAGAGGUUGGGAUUCUAAGGCAGCCAAUCCUACACAUCGUCGUUUUACAUGGGGACUUAGAUCAGCAGAAAGGCAUGUCGUGGAUUUCUACAUCUCGGAUUUUCAGUCUGGACUGAGAGCUCUAGUUAAAACUGGCUAUGGUGCACGGGUUACUCCUUAUGUCGACGACUCCAGUGUCAUUGACAUCAAUCCAUCAAACAAGGAUAUGUCUCGCGAGUUCCUCAGGUGGUUGGGGGAGAGGAAUCUUUCAUGCGACGAUCGUAUGAUGCGACUGAAAGAAGGGUAUAUUAAAGAAGGCAGUACAGUUAGUGUGAUGGGUAUUGUCCAGAGGAACGACAACAUGGUGAUGAUCGUGCCUCCACCUGAGCCAUUUACCACUGGAUGCCAAUGGUCACAAUUUAUAUUUCCAGCAACUCUCGAUGGCAUUGUUUUGAGAUGCGAAGACACAUCCAAGAUCGAUGUAAUCCCUGUGUAACAGACUCGGCACGAACUCGUCCUCCUGUUCUCAGGCAAAUACACAGUUCGCUUUUUUAAUGUGAGAAGGUAAUAUCAAUGUUUCAUAGUGAUAAUAUGGUGCAAUGAGUUUGGUGAUUUAACAUGGAGAAGUGCGUUUUCUCCCUCUCGUUUUUGACUUUUUUUGUGUAUAGCUUGGAGAUAAUUCGUUAUUUUCAUGUUUUAUAAGGCUAUUGCCUCUGUAAUGGGUGGGGGAUUUCAUGUAGAUUUCGCGCUUUGAAGACAGACUAGACUGUCUCCAUGUUGUCAGUCAAGAAAGUCUUGGUAUUUACUGAGUA